CUUGUUUCAGCUGUCAGAACGAAUUUUUCGUACAGCCAUUUUUCCAUUCGCAGUUACAAUCGACGUGAUUUUUACGUGUUUAAUUGUUAAAACAAAAUAAAGACGUGUGUUUAGUUACGAAUCUAUUUACGAGCGAAGGUACAAAACGGUUGUGAAUACGUUUCCGCACAGCGCCUAGUUGUUGCAUCAAGGAAAUUUAAUUACGCUAGUUGCCGUGCCAGCGGAAACCUUUCACCAUAGGGCUAUCAGAGACGGCCGUAAUGGACAUAAUGGCUUCUAACCUCCAGCAGCAACGGGCCAUUACAGAGCAGUUGAGACGUGAGGCCGCGAUCCAUCGGGUCCCGGUUACACAAGCAGUUGCCGAUAUUGUUAAGUACGUAACGGAGCAUGAAGCAGAAGAUUGCCUGUUGGUUGGAUUUUCCAGCCAGAAGGUAAAUCCGUUCCGGGAGAAAAGUUCCUGUCAAAUUCUGUAAAUCGAUCCGUUGUCACCCCGCCCAGCUGCGAGCUCACAUCAAGAAUGUUGAAUUGAGUCGAAUCUCAUCUGGAAAUAUUUAUUGGUGUCGUUCAUUACCGUGGGACAAUCGAAUCUCUGUCCUCUGUUGGCACUGACAUUGGUCGAUUGAACGGCGGGCGGGGACAAAGUAUGACGUCAAAUAUUUCUGUUCAUGUGUAUUUUUAUGGAUGUUUUAGAGGGAGAAUAUUACUAGAGGCAGAACUAUUACUAACAUACUAGGUAGAGAUCGCUUGGUGUCGUGGUAGAAAUAUACAAAUUCAGCUGAAAACAGGUAACUCGCCUUUAGGCGUUUAGAUGAACAUCUUUUUUUUUUAUUUUCAUCGGUUCUGAAAAGGGUCACGUUUUUCCAAAGAGCGUUUACCAAACAAUCCUACAAACAUAUGGCAAUAGUUUGGUCGCAAAUAAGUCCAUAUCAAAUGUAGAGCCGAAUCGAAGACGCUCGUAAAACCAAACUAAAAUUAGUAGUAACAACUUUUAUGGCAAAUAUUACAAUCUGGAAUUGCUUUGUAAUCGAACGUGGCCUAGCAAAUCAAGUUCGACGCCAACUAUUGAUACUAACACAAAUAUAUUAUAUUUAUUGAAUGUUAAAACUGGAAUAUCUACUGCUCGGGUGCGCGAAACAGUUCAAUGGUCAUAAGUCGAAAUAUAGCCCAAACAAGUGAACGAAAUGAUCGCGCCACGGAUGGGCAAUAAAUCAUAACCUAUUUAUGUAUGGUGUACAA